AUGGAAAAUAAAAUUCAAGGAGAAAACAGCGACAUAUUAGACAUAGAUCUAAUUGAUCAGUCAGAUGCAGGGCUACGUCAACUAGACUUGGAAUGUGAUUCGUGUACUUUCGAUUUCACGCAGAAAUCAUGGAGUGCAGAUAUGGCUUUAACUGUUGAAGGAACAAAAUUGUAUGUCGCGAAAAAUAUUUUGGCACUUGCAUCACCAGUAUUUUUCAGGAUGUUUCAGUCAAGAUUCGAGGAAAGUACUAAAAACGAGGUGGAGCUGCCUGGAAAAAGUAUGAAUGACGUCAUUGAAUUCCUACGCUGCAUAUAUCCAAAUAGUCUGUCACAGGUGUCUUGCGAGACCGCGUUAAAGAUCUUACCGUUGGUUGAAGAAUACCAGGUUAUGCACGUUAAAGCAAGAUGCGAGAAAGCUAUGCUCGAAAGUGUUGACGAAUUGUCCAGCCCACCUGCAGAAACAUUGUGUCAGCUUUUGAAGGAAGCAUGUUUAUAUAAUUUGAAAGACCUUCGUGACAGAUGUGUGAAACUUGCGUCAAAGAAGUCACAAGAAGAACUUGAGAUUGCUUACAGGUUGUAUCCUCUACCAGCAGACGCUCAGAAUGAAAUACUUGUCAAGGUUAAUGCUAAUUUGUGA